AUGGGCCGCAUCCUGACCCCACCAGCUGUGGAGGUGAAAUGGCCCAAUCCUGUCCGGACCGAAGAAAGCUUGAAGAUGAUGAAGCAUUCAUCCACCGAAGAGCAAAUACACAGUGACCUGAAGAAGCUCAAGAAACAAAGGGAAGAGAUUUUGGAAUUAAAAAUAAGCGGGGAGAGGCGAUGCCAGGACUAUUUGACACAGACGGAGGUCGAGAGGCAGAAGGUUGUGUCCCAAUUUCGGCAGCUGCGCCGGUUUCUGAAGGACCAAGAGUUUGUCCUCUUGGCUCGGUUGGGAGAACUGGACAGAGAGACGAUGAGGAGGCAGGAGGAAGAGGACGCCAAGAUGUCAGGGGAGAUUUCACUCCUCGACGUCCUCAUCUGCGAGAUGGAGAAGAAGCUUGAACAACCUGCAAGCAGAUUCCUACAGGAUGCCCGAAGCCCUCUGGACAGGUGGGAGACGAGCAGUGCCCAGAGGACAACGGAGACCUUCUCGGAGCUGGAGCAGAGGCUCCGUGUCAUUUCACGACAAAACUCCAUCCUCGGAGAGACGUUGGGGAGAUUUCAAGCAUUCGUGACUCUGGACCCCGACACUGCCAACUCCCAGCUCGUCUUGUCCCGGGACCGACGAGGG